CCGCUCGGACCAACUUCCAUGCAUCUAGCAUCUCUGCAUCCGUCAGUCAACGCUGCACCAGCUUCGGCAACCAUUGAGACAGUCGCCCCCGAAAAUAGCCAUGAGUAAUGGGUCAUCUUAAUGUCAAGCAUGAGAGAUACCAUCAUAUGCCAUGAGUGUCAACUGAACGCCGCUGGGCGGACGAACCUGCCACGAUAAACUCUGUAUGCGUCUGCGACGAACGCUUUUUAACUGGUUUGCCUUUCGAUUUAAAAGGGCUGCCAACGCUUUCGGUCACGCGUUCCCUCAUAAUUCUUUUCUUUCCACACGCUCUGAUUUCAUAAUCGAAGCAUACGGGACUAUGUGUCUGGAUACUUUAUCUUCUUCGUCUAUCUUUACUUUUACUUCAUGUGAAUGACUCUUAUACCACUUGUUACUUUUCUAUUUGCCUUGAUACCUCCUGCUUUCCUUUCUCACCACUAUGCACAAACAAACAUGUAAAUUAACCGUCUCUGAGCCUGGCCUUUCUCUUGACUUUCUUCUGCGGGACACUUACAGACAAUUGAUACUAGGUGAAGAAAGGCACGAAGUCGGCAGGACACUGAGCUAUUCACUGUUUUGGGCGCUUUCAAGUCUUGCGAUUAAUGAUGUGCUCAAUAUGGGGUAUACAUUGCUACAUAGUGUUUAGACCAUCAAUCAAGAAUAAAU